CUUUACUCUGUGUGUGUCUUAUAUUACAGCAAUGCUGCCUGCACAUCAGUGGCCAGAGAGGGGAGAAGGGAGGAAAAGCCUGUUUACACAGACUGCAAACCGCCUGGGGAAUAAUGCAGGAAAGGAAGUGAGCCGGCUCUCUGUCUGACUGCUCUAACUUCCUGCUCUCUCUCUCUCACUCACACACACACACACACACACAUUUGCACACACACUAGCAAAGGGGUGUGUGUGUGAAAGGGAGAAAGAAACAAGGGGAAAAAUCAGGAUCUCAUUACAAGAGCAACAGAGCGUUUUAGAGGACUGUCAGCAUGGAAAACCGGAGGAUUCUACGCAGCUCUCUUUAAAACGGCCAGAAGAGAACUGGAGAGAAGCCCACCAGACCAGGCGCUGGGCAUGGAGAGUGCAAUCACACUGUGGCAAUUCCUGUUGCAGUUGCUUCUUGAUCAGAAACACGAACACCUGAUUUGCUGGACGUCCAAUGAUGGUGAAUUUAAGUUACUUAAGGCAGAAGAGGUUGCUAAGCUGUGGGGACUCAGAAAAAACAAAACUAACAUGAAUUAUGAUAAACUGAGCAGAGCGCUGAGAUAUUAUUAUGACAAGAAUAUUAUCAAGAAGGUGAUUGGUCAGAAGUUUGUGUACAAGUUUGUUUCUUUUCCGGAAAUCUUAAAGAUGGAUCCUCAUGCUGUGGAAAUCAGCAGAGAAAGCCUUUUGCUGCAGGACAGCAACUGCAAGAUACCUCUGGAGAGCCGAGAACAGCAUAAUCUCCCAGUCUUGAAAGGCACAAGCCGCAACGAAUACAUUCAUUCGGGGCUGUACUCAUCUUUCACCAUCAAUUCCUUACAAAAUCAGCCAGAAACUGUCAAGCAAAUUAAAACAGAAAAGCUGGAGGAGAAAUUGGAAGAUGCCACACCUCUGGAAGAAGUCCGGACUGUUAUUAGAUUUGUGACAAACAAAACAAACAAACAAGUCAUGAGGCCUGUUGUGUCAUUGCCAUCUACAUCUGAAGCAGCAAAUGCUUCUCCAUUUUUAGCAUCCUCUGUCUCUGCAAAAGUAUCAUCCUUAAUGUUGCCCAACACAACUAGCAUAUCCUCAGCUUCAUCAAUUUCCUCUCGAUCACCAUCUCUCUCACCUAACUCACCCCUUCCCUCAGAACACAGAAACAUCUAUCUGGAGUCUACUUGCCAGGAUUCAGAUUCUCUUGAGCCGUUGAAUCUUUCUUCCGGAUCCAAAGUAAAAUCUCAUUCUCUUCCUCCAAAGGCUAAGAAACCCAAAGGCUUAGAGAUCUCCGCAUCUCCAAUGGUUCUUUCAAGUACUGACCUCGGCUCUAUUGCCCUCAAUAGCCCUGCGCUUCCCUCAGGAUCCUUGACCCCUGCUUUCUUCACCGCACAGACUCCAAAUGGGUUACUGUUGACCCCGAGUCCACUGCUUUCUAGCAUUCACUUUUGGAGCAGCCUCAGUCCUAUUGCUCCCUUGAGUCCUGCCAGACUGCAAGGACCAAACACCUUGUUUCAGUUUCCAACUCUGCUAAAUGGUCACAUCCCAAUGCAAAUUCCCAGCUUGGAUGGAGCCUCUUCUCCAGUUCUCCUUUCUCCAAAUGCUCAUAAAUCCUGAUGUCUCAGCAAACUGGGGACUCACUAAAAAACUGGAUUUGACACAGCCAUUCUGAUGGGUUUCAUUUUUCUGGUAAAGCCAGGAGGACAUGAUGAAACUCUUUUACUAUGGUUUGCACUUUCCAUUACACAGAUGACCUACUUGUAUGGUGUUUAUUUAGCAUUUUUAUACAGUGAGGGGGUUUUUUGUAUAAGAAAUCUUUUGUGCAUUAAAACAACUUAUAAUUUUUAUAUCCUGCUCUCCAAGUGUUGAACACUGUUAAUGAAGUUAUCUUUCUUAAUACAUUUCUAAACAAUAUGUAAAGGAUGUGAAAUGUUUUACUUCUGUACUUCUGCGUAUAAUGCAUCCUGCUUGUAUAAACUAUAACCGGCUGUGCCUUCUUUUGCAUAAUGUUAUAUAAAUGAUUUAUAUAUUUUCCAGUAUUAAGAUUAAGGUUGGAAAGAACCAAGUAUUGAACACUUUUCUCCCCAUCCUAGUAUUUCAGUAUUCCCCUUUACAGUCAGCCAUGUGGUGCAGCAUAUUCAUGUAAUUUUGAAUUAAGCGCUUUCCAAAUAUAUAAAGAAUAUUUUUGUUUACUUCCUGAACUGACAAGCCGUAAUAUUUUGGCCUGUGGUUAAGAAUAGAACACUAUUUAGAUAUUAGUGCUUGAAUUCUUCUGAAAUAGUAAUAUGGUCUUAAAAUACUUGCAACUUAUAUUAGGGGCAUUUUUUUUUAAUUGGAGGGAAUAGUCUUAUUCAGUGCCACUAUCUUUGUGUAUAAAGCUGAUUGUUAAGAGAUGUCAAUCUAAAAUUUAUUUUUAUGAACAAGUAAAAUUCUCACAUGCUUCUUA